GGUGACGAAAAUUCGCAUCUAACACUUCCUCUUAUGGUUUCUGGUUUCUGGUCAUUAUGUGUUCAUUUCUAUAAAAAUCUGUCAAAAUGCAUGAUUUUGCUAACUUAUGUGGCCCUCUGAUAUAUUAUUUGGAAUGGUUAUGCAGUAGCAAUUGAUACAAGUUCACAAGGAAAGCCAUGAUAUAAUAGUUUGUGUUGUUUUAUUAAGCAAGCCAACAUACUUACUGUAAUCAGCAUCGAAUGACGCUGUAACACCGUUAUCUCUUUCAUCUGUGAUCUUAGAACGAAUGUUGUGUGUCAAAAUAUACCUUUAAGUUCAUCUACAACUUGAUCUUUAUAAAUGCUGGUCACACUAAGAAUAUUCUUUCCUAUGCUAAAUUCAUGAAGACAGUGAUUCUGCUUAUCAUUGCACCCGUUUGCUACAAGGUCAAAGAUGUGAUGACGCCAAAUAAGAUACCGGUCUCAGAUUGAACUAAGCUUAUUCAAGCUGAAUAGCGGUCUGAUUCUGACUCAACUCAGAUUGUGUACACCCCUAGUGACAAGUUUAUACUUCACUAUUACAAAUUUCAACCUGCCAUAACCAUAUGCCCCAAAAUUAUCUCUUGUACUUUAGACUAUCAUACACUUUCCUUAGUUGGCUUAGCUAGCUUGGAACAUCUUAAGCGAUUCUGUAUCAUCCUCUUGAAAUGAUGCUAAAGGAUGAAUAGAUGUUCCCUCCAAGUUUAACAAGCACAAGGCUGAUACCUUAUUAUAUUUUCACAAGGCACAUUACAUCAUCACUAAACUCUGAGCAACUCUGCUCUAACUUGUUACAAAAAUGUAUCGAAUCCUCAAGCUUGCUUCACGGAGCAGCCAUUCAUGGAAACUUCAUAAAAUGCACCAUUCCCUGUUCUCUGUUCCUCCACAAUCACAUCCUCAACAUGUACAUGAAAUGUGGCGAUCUCACCAGUGGCCUCCAGUUGUUUGACGAAAUGCCUCAUCGAAAUGUCGUGUCCUGGUCUGCCGUUAUUUCAGGGUUUGUGCAACAUGGGUUUCCUCAAAAAGCUCUCUCAACGUUUAAACGAAUGCUUUUGGAGGGAGAAACGGCGCCAAAUGGGUUUACUUUUGUUAGUGUAUUACAUGCUUGUUCUUUGUGUGAGAGUGAGAGUGGAGGUUUGGGAGGAGCGUACCAAAUUUUUGGGCUGAUCUUGAGGUUGGGAUUGGAUUGGAAUGUGUUCUUGAUGAAUGCAUUUUUGACGGCUUUGAUAAGAAAAGGUAAAAUGGUUGAGGCUUCACAGGUUUUUGAUAACUGUUUGAACAAGGAUAUUGUGACAUGGAAUGCUAUGAUGGGUGGUUAUUUGCAGCAUUGUUAUUCGGAGGUUCCAGGGUUUUGGUUGCGGAUGAUCAGUGAAGGAGUGAAGCCUGAUAACUUCACUUUUUCGAGUGUUUUGACCAGUUUGGCUGUGGGUAAAUGUCUUGAAAUGGGAAUGCAAGUUCAUGGGCUGAUCGUUAAGAGUGGUUAUGGGGUUGAAAUUUGUGUGGGGAAUUCAUUGGCGGAUAUGUAUAUAAAGAACCAGAGGUUGGCUGAGGGUUAUAGAAUUUUUAACGAAAUGCCUAAAAGAGAUGUGUGCUCUUGGACCCAGAUGGCCUCUGGGUGCUUGCAGUGUGGGGAACCAGGGAAGGCGGUUGAGGUUGUUGAGGAGAUGAUGAAAAUUGGUGUGAAGCCUAAUAAGUUUACACUUGCUACAGCGUUUAAUGCCUGUGCCAAUUUGGCAUUUUUGGAGAAAGGGAAGAAAGUUCAUGGUUUGAGAAUAAAACUUGGUUCUGAGAUUGAUGUUUGUGUGGAUAAUGCGCUGCUUGAUAUGUAUGUCAAAUGUGGUUACAUGGAUGGUGCUUGGGGUGUUUUUCGUUCCAUGGACGAUUAUACUGUUGUGUCAUGGACAACGAUGAUAAUGGGUUGUGCUCAAAAUGGCCAAGCUAGAGAAGCUCUUGAGAUCUUUGAGGACAUGACUAUGAAGGGUGUAGAGCCCAAUUACAUCACCUACAUUUGCGUACUGUAUGCUUGUAGCCAGGGAGGGUUUAUCGAUGAAGGGUGGAAAUAUUUAUCUUCCAUGACUAAGGACCAUGGAAUUUCCCCUGGAGAAGAUCACUAUGCAUGCAUGGUAAAUCUACUGGGCCGAGCUGGACGUACCAAAGAAGCAGAGGAAUUGAUCUUGAACCUGCCGAUUCAAUCAGGAGUGCUGAUUUGGCAGACUUUGCUUGCAGCCUGUCAGCGCCAUGGGGAUGUUGAAACUGGGAAGCGAGCAGCAGAGCAUGCAAUAAAUCUCAAUAGAAAUGACUCAUCAAGUUAUGUACUGUUGUCAAAUAUGUUUGCUGAUUUAAACAAUUGGGAUGGUGUAGGAAUGCUGAGACAGCUAAUGGAGACCAGGGAUGUAAGGAAAAUGCCUGGAACCAGUUGGAUUGAGUAGAAGAAGACAGUUCAGAUAACUCCUGCUGGACCUGCUCCCAAAUGACUCACAGGAAUGAUAGGUGAACAUGAAUCUUUGAUAGUCAUUACAUUUUAUGCUCCAUUUUUUUGGUAAAAUCAUGUUUGGUUGGUCAAUAUAAGAAUUGUUGGAAAUCAAAUUGGAAUUUUAAUUAGUAGCUAGUAUCAUUCACUUACAAUUGAUUGGAAAAUCCUUCAAUUAUUCUUGAAAACAAGAACCAAAAUCAUGAGAAUCAAAUGAUAGAGAAAUUUAUUAUCUUAAACGUAUGCUUUACAUCUAGCAUUAUUUUAUGGCUUUUAUAAUCCUGCUUACUGGGGCUUAGAGCUUCACCUGCUAUCUUUAGUUAGCUCCAUAAUUGCCCUCA